GCUUCAUACAGUGAGCUGACGUUUCCUCCGGAGUCACGUGACCCGUUUACAGUAAGUCCAACAUGGCAGACGGAGUGGAUCUUCCACGGUGACUAAAGCAACACUUCCAACUGGAACGGACACAUCCAACGCUGCUCCGCGGGAAGAGACGGCAACAAUGCGGGAGAGGCAGAAGAAAAAGAAAGGGCGGACGUGGGCGGAAGCCGCUAAAACGGUUUUGGAGAAAUACCCAAACACGCCCAUGAGCCACAAGGAGAUCUUGCAGGUGAUCCAAAGAGAAAGACUUAAAGAAAUAAGAAGUGGAACCUCGCCGCUGGCAUGUCUGAACGCAAUGCUGCACACAAACUCUCGUGGAGAGGAGGGGAUCUUCUACAAAGUCCCAGGCAGGAUGGGGGUCUACACAUUAAAGAAGGACAUCUCCGAUGUGGCAAACGAACUGUCUGAGGAGGGCUCCGAGGAGAGCAGUGACAAUCUGUCGGACUCCCAGAGCACAGAAAACGACAGCAGCGCCCUCGCACGAGAGGGCAGGAGAGGAAGGUGGAUGCGAAGAGCUCCCUCCAAGCUGCAGUCACAGCCGUCCUCUCCGCAGCCUCGGUGCACGUCGCCUUCUGUCCCCGCCGGUAAACUCAUCUCUCCCUCGCAGAAACACGGCAAGAAAGCUUUGAAACAGGCCUUGAAGCAGCAGCAACAGAGAAACCAGCGCAGACAGGGGGGGAUGCCAACCAGCCAGAGUCCUAGACUACUUCUGAAAACCAUCAAAGAUAUGUCCGACACCAGUGCUACUAAGACCGACUUGUGCCGCCCAGUCGUCCCUCGGAAGGUUUCUCAGAGGUCAGGCCGCCUUGGGGCAGGCCAGCUAAGACGUACAAAGUGCAAAAUAGAUGUGGAAACUCCAGACUCCAUUUUGGUCAACACCAACCUAAGGGCGAUCAUCAACAAGCACACCUUCUCCGUCCUGCCUCCUGACUGCCAACAGCGGCUGCUCAAACUUCUUCCUGAAGUUGACCGUCAGGCUUGCAUGGACGGCCUUCAGAAGGUCACCAGUUCUGCCUUGAACAAUGAGUUCUUCACGUCAGCGGCUCAAUCUUGGAAGGAGAGACUGGCUGAGGGAGAAUUCACCCCUGAGUUGCAGCUACGAAUACGCCAAGAAAUAGAGAAGGAAAAAAGAGUUGAGCUCUGGAAGGACGGCUUCUUUGAAAACUAUUAUGGGGAAAAUUCUGGGCUCAGCUUUGAGGAAUCCAAAGAGCUGACGAAGGCUGACGUGAAUCCGGAGUCCGCCGGGCCCCGUUCCCCGCCUCAUCGGACGGGACCUGCCGCUCAGGCACCGGUGGAUCCCAAGGUCAACGAGGACAGCGACGCUGCAGCUACCGCCGCGAAGGACGCCAAGCCCCCGAAGGAGCCCGGGAAGACGCAGUCUGCCCAGAGGGAGCCCGUCCCCACCACCGAGCCCAUGAGGACGCGGCGGGCGCAGUACGCCGAGGGCCGUAAAUUGAGCGGCACGGCGCAGCCCGGGCCGACACCUGCGGCGAAGAGACCGCAGGCCGAGGAGCCGACUGAGAAGGCCUCAGCAGGUGCACUGCCUGAGAAGGAGUUUAAAGAGGAAGUGAAGCAGGAGGAAACCAAACUCCCCCAGCUGCCCGUAAAGACGAGCCGCUCAUUAUCGGCUAGUUUGGAGGUAAUAGAGGACCAGCCACAGGUGUCUGUGGUUAAGCCAGCCGAAGACUCUGAGCCGCUGAAAAGGAAAUCUCUCGGUGGGAUCGGCGACGAAUUGACACCAGAGAAAAGGCCCCGUUUGACCUCGGUGUCCUCAUUGUCCUCAGUCUCCUCUGUAUCUCCUCCAGCGACAUCCUUGUCUAGCCCUGCUACACCAACCUCGGCAACAAAUCACAGGAUUCCUCCACUCAAGAUACCGGUGGCACGAAUUCUUCCCGUUCCUUUGUCACCAAGUCAAGUCUCCCCCAGGACUCCUCUCCCAGCCCCGCUGAGCAGCCCGGGCCGUACCGGUGCUCGCACUUUGGCUGACAUCAAAGCGAAAGCUCAGCUGGCCCGGGCGCAGCGGGUCGCAUCGAAGGGAGCGGUGCCGGGCCCGGGGCCGGGCGGAGGCAGCGGUGAGCAGAAACUGCCGUCGCCCAGCUCGACGCCCCCCCAGGCAUCGACCAGGCUACCGGCCUCCAGCAGCAGCAGUCGGACCGGUACGCCUCCUUCUCGCCCACUGGAAUCUUUUGGUCAGCCAAGCCCCAAGUCGUCUGAUACAUCUCGCCCCAGCAAAACGGACGAAGACGUCCAAAGUCAAUCUGCUGGUUCGGUCGGUGCAGCACCCGAUGGCGUUCAUGCGCACGCCCUGAAGGCACAGGAAACCAUUGCUGGAUCAACAAAGGCCGGCUGUUGUGCACGUGCAAAUAACACGCUGGUCACUCAGCUUCUGCAGGGGAAGGAGGUUCCGUUGGAGAAGAUCCUCCCUAAAUCGAUUUCCACCUUGGAAGUGAAGAUGUCAAACGUACCCUGCGGUAGUAAGGGGAGGACGGCGCACUCUGCUGAGCACAGGGCAGAUAAGCCACUGUCCCACCACUUCAAUGCAGCAGGAGGAGUGGUCUCAGAAUACACAAGGCACCAAAGGGAACUCCCCGACAAGCAGACUCAGGAGCAGAUCCUGCAGACUCUAAUGCAGAGGAAAGGCCAGCAGAGCCAGUUUCACGCUGGCGUGGGGCCUCAGCACGAUGUCCACCAGCUGGUGCAUGCAAAAGAACGCCAGGACAAAUCCAGGAUUACGGGGGGACUUCUGGGUCGAAAGAGGAUACCCAGGCCUGCCAUGACGGGGCAUUACCUGCUCAACGUGUCCACGUACGGGCGAGGACAGGAGGGCAAGAAACUGCAGCAGUCCGUCAUCUCCAACGUGUCUUUGUCCAGUUUAAAAAGGGAAAGCACAGAAGAAGAGGAGGCGGCAAAGGGAGAAGAACCCGCCAGUAAAUGUUUCUUCCCUGCCGCUGUGGUUAAAAGCGAGCAGCUUGGAUUCUCGAUAGCCAAGCUUGACGAGGCGUCAGGCGUUCAGCAUUGCCCCGGCGUAAAGACCGAGCCUGGAUCGGAGGACGGCGCGGCCUGCGGCGAACACAGCUGCCCCGGCGCCGCCAGCUCCUUUUCUCAGUCACUCCGAAGGCACCUGCAACUCCGCACUAGUACCCAAGGAAACUCCCAGCCGUGUCUUACGCCAGCGGACCCCCACCACCAGCGGCAGGCUGCUUUUCACGCGCAGAGGACGCUCGAUGACCAGGAAGCCGCGGCGGCGCCAUGCUACGGCGGCACCAUCAGCAUGUCCGUACCUCACACCCUGAGCCACAGCGCCGCGGGCGUGUGCUCCCCCGCCGCCUCGUCCGAGGCGGACGGCGGCGGGAGCGUCAUGUCCUUCUCCGUGACCGUCACCACCAUACCCGCCGGCCACUCGGCGGAGCGCGGCGACCCGGGCGAGGCCUCGCCCCAGCGGGCGUUCAUCGAGGGCGCCGACAUGGAGGAGGUGCAGUCCAAGUGCUACUGCAGACUGAAGGCGAUGAUCGUGUGCAAGGGAUGCGGAGCCUUUUGCCACGACGACUGCAUCGGCCCCUCCAAACUGUGCGUGUCGUGUUUAGUCGUGCGAUGAUAUGAAACGAGGAGGCCUUCGCGACGGAGGUCGCGGUUUGAUUCGUGUUGAAGCCAGACGCGAAGCAGGAGCAGGUCAUUGACAAUCAGUCGCCGCAGGGGUGAAGAGCUUUCAGCCCGCGGACGAAACAACCAUCACGCGGCCGCUGUGCGAAAUGGAAGGAUUUACACUGGAUGGUCUUUUGUUUCGACGACUAUAAAAAGCUCUUUUUGAGAGAGAUGUCAAUCAGAUUUUCAAUCAACUCAGUAGUGUGUGAGAUGUGUGACCAAGGUAAAGUCUGGCAAUGUUUGCACUCGGCUAGGGUUAGUGUCAUAUAUUUUUAUAUAUAUAUAAAUCUAUAUAUAGUAUAUACGUGUAGUUUGAAACUAAAAGAGGAGAGAAAAAAUGAAUGUUGCUAUUUUUGUAGAACAUAAUGACUGUUUUGUUAAUAAUACUGACACUUUAUUAUUGGGCCCAAUUUAGUUGUGGUUUAAUGGCAAAAAAGGGCGCUUAUGAUAAUCAUUUGGUGUAGAGUACCUCCUGGCAUUUAUGCACGCAUGGCAGGAAAGUACAACGCACAGUAACUCUUUUUGUGUAAAAACUGUACAUUUAUUACUCAUCACACACAAUAACUAAAAAGAACAUGAAUAGCUUUAGAAAGAAUACAUUGCUUGAUUUGUGAGGAUUGCACAUAACAAUAUUAGUUUUUGACUAAGCACUUGAAAACCACCUGGAUACAUGGUAGUAACUGUGUACAUUGAAACUUUAGGUUUGGAAACUUUUAUAUAUAACAUUACAGACAUCUUCCUUUGGGCAAAUUGAGAUAUUUUCCAGGUCUAGAGUAAAUUCCUACUGUGUGAACCUUCAUUUUCUCCCCAAAGAAGCCAGUUUGUAGAUAUUGUCACCCAUGAGGUGAGUUUUCUCAUGAUCGUAUGUUUAUAUUCAAAGGUCAGCAGUGGAAAACGGUCAAAAUAACACUUAAAAAUAAACCGGCCAAGGGAGAAAAUGAAGAUAAUUAAGCUUUUUCACUAUAAAUAUUUGUUGAUUUACGGUAUAUGCCUUGAUGUAGAUUUAUUUUUAUUUGUGCUGCACACAUUGAUUAAAUCAAUCCUCUUAAUUACAAAUCAUUGUUGAUGUGGAAAGAAAAUGGAGAGCAACAGUAAGUUAUGCUAAAACGCUAAAGGUUUCAUCAUGAAGUGAUUUAAUCAGAACACGCUUCAGUUUUACAAAACGAUUUGGCGGUACAAUAUGAAAGUGGUUGUACUGUGGUUGUACAUUUAAAUGGCCUUUUUUCCAGAGAAUCAUUCAGAGAAUGAAGUACCCUAAGCACAAAAUAUUACUGCAUGGAGUUUAUAUAAUGUACAACAACUACAAUGUGUGAACAUUGGUGUUGUUACAGCCAUUUGGAUAAAGUUAACACAGUGUGAAUCGUCACUGUACCAUAUAAUAACUUUCAAAACAGCAGUGUGGAGCGUCGACUCAGCGGCUUUUUCUUUUGGUGUUUGUGUAUCAACUUUAUUUUAAAAUCUGGAGGCACAAAGUAGACCUGUUUUAUAGCAAUCAUUUUUAAGGUAACUUUCCAAAGUCACCUUUUACAGAAAGUAAUAUUGUAAUCACAAAGUAAUAUAUUUUAAUUAAUAUAUUUUAAUAUAAAAAAAAUCUAUUUGCUAAUUGUUUUUUGAAUAUCAACAGGGUAUUUACUAUAAUACUAUAUUGGCAGUCAGUUUUUUCCUGGACAGACCGCCAGACAGAGAAUAACUUGACUUUUAUAAAUCAAGCCCAUUCAUCAAUAUCCUGUAUGGGACAGUUCUGGUUCUUGCUCCUGGAUCUGUUGGUCUAUAUUUUCCCAUAGAGGUGAUGUCGUUUAUAUGAACCUUUUGUGCUGUUGACCUUUGUGUCAUUACUUUACGUUUUUAAAGCACCCUUUGCUUAAAUAAAGUCAAUUUUUUUAUGUAUUUCUUAUUAAAUCGGGGCUUGUGGAAACAUGGAGAGAGUCAGGAGAGCCUUCCACAUAUUUAAGGGCCAUUUCAAUAAAGCUGGCGUACCUGUAUUUAAUUUUGUUUCCACAAAUUGAAUAUAUCCCCCAUGAAUAUUAAGUUCUUAUUUGGUUGCAUGUGAUGUUAGGAUGUUGUAUUUACUCCUGUACAGUUGGGGACUGGGUUGCACUGCAAAAAACAUGAACACAAAACAAUCAAACAACUCAAAAGGCAGCUGAAAUCUUAGUUCUGAGGACUGAGCGGUGCGUCAGGCAGCAGUCCCCGCUGACACGGAGCUUACCAGAAGAGCAGUUCAUAAAGCUUUGUCCAGAACGUGUCGUGGACAAUCAACACCAUUUUUAAAAUGUCAACUUUUAUCACUAGAUGAAUCUUUUUAAUAUGUCUGCAUCAUUUUGUCUCCAUUUAAACUCCGGGUGAAUGUAAAAUAGUAAUCAGCACUUAUAAACAAAGUGUAUUUUAUUAGAAGUUAUAGACUAUUAUGAAUAAAUAAUUAAAAGAAAA